AGACGGGUUUUCUGAAUAUCAACGAUGUAUCUCCCAGAGGACAACACGUUACCCUUUGAGGCAGGCAACGUGGCCCCGUCCCUUCAUGGCCCUCCACCAAAAUUCGAUGCCGAUCUGGAAGGCGACAGCAAGGAAAGGAAAAAGAAGUGUGCUACACAUAUCGAUAUCGAUCUCCUGAAGAGCAAAUCCUUCUACUUCCUGUUCUACGGUGCAUACGGGAGUCUUUACCCGCUCCUGGCUGUCUACUUCAAGCAGCUAGGUCUGAACGCAUCCCAGAGUGGUCUCCUAAUUGGAAUACGACCCUUCAUCGAGUUCUGCGCCGCGCCACUCUGGGGCGGUCUUGCCGAUUCCUGGCGCAAGGCCAAGGUUCUGUUCCUGUUCUCGCUCUUUGCGUGGCUCCUCUUUACCGAAGCGAUGGCUUUUAUUCGACCUGCCGGCUCCAAGUGCAUCAUUUUCAAUCAGACCGAUGAAAACGGGCGGGUGACCAUCGUCGUCGACCAAAUCGUGCACGAUGGCGACGUGCACCAUUAUGUGUACGGGCCCAGAGACCACGAAGAGGAUGACGGAACGGUCGUUGGUCACCAAUCAGAUAUCGAUCAACCAUUCCAUACAGGUGAGACAAGUCCUACAGUCGAUAAAUUAUCUGGAGGUCUCUACAAGCUUCUCAACAAAAGCUCCUGGACAGGAGAACCCAUUCGUCGUUUGCCACCUGGGACGUCCGGUGUGACGUUCAAUGAAGAUGUUCGUGGUGUCUUCCUUCUCCUGCUCAUCAUCAUCGUUGUCGGUGAGUUCUUCAGCUCGCCUACAAUCACCCUGGCGGAUUCAGCCACCCUGGGUUACCUCGGUAGUGACCGUUUGGAGUACUAUGGUCAGCAGCGGAUGUUUGGUUCCCUGGGGUGGGGGAUCUUCAUGUUGAUCGAAGGCAUCCUCUUAGACCACACAGCCACCCACACUCACGGUUGUGGAGAUGCACUUGCGGAAGUCAUAGAGGUUAAAAGAAACUAUUACAUCUGCUUCGGGACCUACGCAGUACUCAUCACCUGCUCCUUCUUCGUGGCCACUCAGUUCAAGUUCAAGUAUUAUUCUGAAGAUGAUCACAAGACGGAGAUGACCAAACUGACGUACAACAAGAAGCAGGGUCAGAUCAGUAUUAGUGGUGAAAAUCGUGGUGCCGGGACAUAUGGCAGCGUGGCCAGCCCAGAAGGGACCAACCCUACCUCUUCAAAUGCCGAAGGCGGCCAAACCAGCAACAGUGAAUCCAUAGAGACCACGGACCCCUUGCAGGGUCAAGAAGGUCCUCUCGGGCAAAGUGGACCAGUGGCCUGCAACAGAAGUGCUCUAUCCUCAAGCGAAGCACAGUCAGAGGACCCUGCUGGCAUCAGACAGGUGUUCCGGAUGUACGCCACCAUCCGCUACGGUUCUGUCCUUUGCGUUGCCUGGUUUGCGGGAUUCGGAAUGGGUCUCCUGUUCACCUUCCUCUAUUGGCAUCUUCAAGAUCUUGGAGGGCCACCAUCUCUCUUCGGUCUGGCUUCGGUAGUCAACCACGUUUCAGAGAUACUUGCAUAUUUCUUCAGCCACAAGAUUGUUCAAGCGAUCGGUCACAUCCCUGUGUUCUGUCUCGGUUUGUUCUGCUAUGCCAUCCGCUUCCUAGCCAUAUCUGUGCUCAUCAACCCAUGGUGGGUUCUUAUCGUGGAAACCCUACAAGGUUUGACUCACGCACUGAUUUGGGCAGCUUGUACAUCUUACAUUGGUCUUGCUACGUCCCAGCGUCUGCGCUCAUCGGCUCAAGGCAUUCUACAAGGAACUCAUCAUGGAUUGGGCAGGGGGUGUGGCGCCAUCUUCGGUGGACUGCUAGUCAAUGCUUUUGGUACGGAGCAGACAUUCCGUGGAUUCGGUGUCGCUUCACUCGUUGUCCUCGUCAUCUUUCUGGCCAUGCAGUAUCCGUCUUACUACAACCCCAAACCCGACCCGUCAUCGUCCACCGAUCCGACGUCGUCCAACAGAGCGAGGUCCACAUCGUCGUCGAACCGCGAUGAAAUCCAACCGGUGCUGACCGCCGAGGACGUCACUCCCAUCCCCUAUUCGGAGAAACGCGACGAAACCGUCGAUGAUGACAGAGAUCGAGAUCUUGAGAUAGGAGGAGACGAUGUCGGGGGAGCCCCUUCGCGAGAAGUCGAGCAGGGUGCCGCAGGUGGAGGCGAAUUUUGAUGUCAAAGAAUUUCAGUUGAUUUCAAUUAUUUUACGUACCUGAAAUUAUGAUGAAUGUACAACUUACACCUUCAAAGAAAACUGACUAAACCUCAGGCGAUUAUACAAUCUAUAAUCGUAUUUACGGUACUGGCGGAAAUUGGGGUUUAUAAGAGCAAAACAAAAUUCAUUAGAUGAGAAGUAUAGGAUAUAAAGAAUGCCUAUGUCAAGUCGAGAAACGCUCAAUAUCUUACCAAAGAAGUACUCUUUAAAUUAUUCUUUGUGACAAAAUCAUACAAUUUUGAAUAUGAUUAUUUCGGAAAACAAAAAAAAUGUUGGAAAAACAAAAAAAUGUUGGAAAAAAAGAAUAAACUGUGAGUACUCUACCCCCACUAUUGCUUGCUGGUAAGGAAUAUUUUAGGCCUGUUGUGUUGAUAAAAUCUAUCGCUUGUAUAUAUCGAUAUUGGACAAGUUGGAUAUUUCAUAUAGAUAUAGUAAUACAUGGUUAAAUAUUAAAAAAGAAAUAGAAGAGUGACUUGUACAUAAUCAUUAAAAGUGCCACUAUGCUUUAUUUUUGAAAAACAAUUGUAUAAUGUUGGGUGUAAAAUAGUUUUUGUGUGCGCUACAAAAUAGAGCUGCAUUAAUAGUAACUGUAAUAGUGCUUUGUGAACUAUGAUUAUGGUGUAAGUAUUUUAAUGAUAAUCAUUAUGGUAGGCUAUGAUGUUGUAUCAAGUAAAUAUGCCGCUACACUUGGCGCUACGACAGAGAUGUGGGGGUCCAUUAUAUCAUUUUCAUAUUAUUGAUGGAAAGAAAAUAAAUUAGGAGAGAACAGGAAAAGGGAAGAAUAAGGAAAAGGGAAACGAAACUUAAAAAUGGAUAAGAGAUUACUUAAUCGUCAUGAUAAACCUCCAUUUUUAAAUCAAAAGAUUUACCUUUGUCUUCUUAUGUUGACGCGGCAACCAUUGGCGGCGGAAGUCAAAAAUUUAGGGGGGUCCACCUAAAAUUUUGGAUGGACACAGGUAAAAAAUUGGACAAGCAAAAAAAAAAAAAAAAGGUUAUCAACAUAAAUUUUAGGGGAGGGGGUCCGUCCCCCACCUCAAAUUUAAGGGGGACAGGACCCCCGUCCCCCCCCCCCCCCGCUUCCGCCGCCUACGCCUAUAUAUGGCGGCAACUCCUGCCCUAUAAAACUUUUCUCCGUCGAAUGAGAGGGGAAUUUAACAUUAAGAGAAAAACAACACGCAGUAUUUUCAUUCACUGAAUGUAAUUUUUAUGUUAGGUUUUAUUUUCAGGAAAACAUUCCCUAGCUGCAGUAAACGAAACGCCAUUGUCAGUAGUAGUAGUAGUAGUAGUAGUGGUACCAUCAUCAUCAUUUCUUAUACUGAUGUGCUUUUCCCAUUAUUAGGCAUAAACCGCUUUCAAAUGUAAAAUGAAUUGAAUUGUUUGCAAUGCGGGAAUCUUGAAACUACAUGCUAUAUUUUUUUCUUCAACAAUGUCCAAGCAUCAGCAAAAACAAUAGCGUUAGACUAUUAGUCGGUAUACACUUGUGAUUCCGAAUGUUCGUUAUACCGAAUGUUCGUCAUACCGAUAUGUUCGUUAUACCGAAAGAUGCAUAUUGUAUACAGAUUUUUUUUAAAGCAAAUGCACACCUAGUUACCAAUAAUGCACAUAGCAUUUCCAUUUAUUUGAAAGCAAGAUAAAAGGGCAAUGUAGCAAUGUAGAUUAAAUGCCUUGCUCACUGGCAUAGGUGCCGCGACCGGGGAUUGAACCCCGGACUUUACAUGCAUAGCUAGGCGCCUUAGACCACUCGGCCACGGCAACUCGUGUUCGAAUGAAAGAAUGCACUCAUCGUAUCUUAUAAUAAGAGACUUAACCGGUUUCUUUUGUUUUGAUAUGUUUAUCAAUUAUUGGGGUAUUAGAGCAUUUCUGAGGUGGAAACCUGUUUGGACAAUAAUUUUAAUAGUUGUGUUUAUAAAAGUAUUCAUUACAUUACAUCGGUCUUUUGAACAUACACUUAUAUCCGUCCGAUAGCAACAUCCCCAAUUUUAUUAUUAUUGUUAUUAUUAUUGAAUUACUCAAAUCAAAACGUUUGUAUUCAAUUUAAUAAAGAUAAUUACAAAGCAUGCUAAUGUAAUGAAUACUUCAUUAAGGAAAUAUUCGAUCUGGAUCGUAAUUGCAGCAGAAAGCUCGAAAAUCUCAAUGUAAUGGUUAUUUAACGUUGUCACGAUGGGUUUUUCGGCGCUUCCGUGAGAAAAUUAGCAAAGCUUGGUUUAUGAUUUGGCCUGCUUGUGAAACGCGAUGUGAUUAAUAUAUGAGGCACAGGCUUGGAAAUAAAAUGUUAAUCACUGCAGAA